UUCUUUUUCAUUUUUUUUUCAGCUUCCGCAUUGUAUAAAAAUAGCGACACCCCUCCCCUCCGAUUUCGCGUUUUUUUCUCCUUGUUUAACUUUUUCUAUAUUUUUCUGACCGACCAACCAUGUCAUUCGCACAACCCAAGUCUCUCGCUGAAUUCCAAGAGCUUAUCAAGGGUGACAAGCUUGUCAUUGUCGACUUCUGGGCCACCUGGUGCGGCCCUUGCAAAAUGAUUGCUCCCAGGUUCGAGAAGUUCUCCAAAGAAUACACUGAUGCCAUUUUUGCCAAGGUUGACGUUGAUGCGGUUCCCGAUAUUGCUGGCGAAUACUCUGUUCGCGCCAUGCCUACCUUCAUGUUCUUCAAGAACGGCAAAAAGGUCGGUGAUGUCGUCGGUGCCAACGCCGCCAACAUCGAGAACAAGAUCAAGGAACUCCUCGCUUAAUAAAUUUCUCACUUUUUUUAUCUGUUAUCACGCAUAACAUUGUAUCAGAAAAGAACAGUGGGUUUAUAUUUUGUGGGAAAGAGACCCUCAGAAGGGAGGAUUGGUCGAUCGCUAUUGUUUGGGUGUCU